AGGAACAUGGCGAACAUAACUUGGCCAUGGCAGUAUGACUUCCCACCAUUUUUCACGAUCCAGCCAAACAGCGACACAAGAAAGAAGCAGUUAGAAGCCUGGUGUUCUCUAGUUCUAAAUUAUCAUAAGCAGCGUAAAGUCUACAGUCUGGACGUCAAUGAAGCUCAAGACUCACCAUUGUUCCACAAUAAGAAAAUCAGCAGGAAGUUGUCUUCUGACGGUAUUAACAUUGUGCUGGAGGAACUUCUCAAAUCAGGUCAUUUAGAAUGGCAGGACAAAAGUCGGAAGAAGUGCUUAAUCAUGUGGAGGACUCCUGAGGAGUGGGGUAGCCUGAUAUACAAAUGGGCCUCGGACAACAACAUGACAGGCUCGGUAUGUACUCUGUUUGAGAUCACAAAGGGUGAAGACUCCUCAAAUCAAGAAUUCCAUGGUUUGGAGGAAUGGUUAUUGUUGCGAGCAUUGAAGACGCUAGAGGUUGACAGGAAAGCUGAACUUAUGGGUAAUGAAGGGGUGAAGUUUUUCUGAAAAUUAGAUAUGGUGACUUUGCCGUGAAACAUACAUGCAAUAAGAAUGAAAGACGGAUAGAUGUCACGUGUGAGUUCCGAUCGUGUGCGUUUAGAACAACUGUUCUUUGAGUGAGAACCCUAAAGCCUCAUCCAGCGUGUCACAGUAAGCAGGGUUCUUUGCACAUUCGGUGGAAAAAUCCUGGACAAGCUUGAAACCUUUAUUUUUCCAAGCCUGAAAUCCUGCUGGCCUACGAGGAUGUGCUUUGGAACAUUGGGAUCAUGGGAAGGAACUCAAAUAUUUGUAUCAAAAUCCUGCAUUUCCCUGAGAGUGACUUCCCUUGGCACAAUUACAAACAUUCCGGGGCACGCCAGGUGUAACGUGUGAUCGACCAAAGUUGUAGAUGGAGACCCAAACCAUUAACAUGGUCAUCUUAUUUGUAUACAUGUGUGUAGCGCUAGUUCCGGUAGAGGCCCACGUCCUGUGCUGCAUAAUUAGCGGGAUGUGUGUUACGUAAUUACGAAUUUUUCCCUGUUUCUUUUUACUAUGACGGCAAAUUUUGUGGGUGGAGGAAACAAGAAUGCCCAGAGUAAGCAGUAGACAAGCUACUGAUGAACUUUCUCCGCAUGUGGUGUACCGAUAAGUUCACCAUAUUGAGGAAAGUCCAUAUAUAACAUGGAUGUAACUGGUUGUUAGUCGAUGUACACGGGGCCUCCAUGGCCCAGUUGGUUAACGCGCUAGCGCGGCGUAAUGUCCAGGAGCCUCUGACCAAUGCAGUCGCUGUGAGUUCAAG